GAAAAAAGACAUGCCGCAAAAAGGAUUCGAUCAAGCCCACGUAGAGCACUUGUAUUUGCAAGACUACAUUUGAUUCUGAAUUGAAAGACAGAGAUGGAAGUUGAGCAAAAAUUUCAUAUGAACAAGGGGGCUUCUGAAAGUAGCUACGCUCAGAACUCGAGAGUUCAGAGCAAGAUAAUCUCCAUCGCAAAGCCAGUUACCGAGGAAGCCAUAAUUGAAAUUUUGUGCACAAAUUUGCCGGAGAGCAUGGGCAUUGCCGACUUGGGUUGCUCAUCUGGACCCAACACCUUAUCAGUAAUCUCAGAGAUAAUAGAUGUCAUAAAUUCCAAAUGCUCCGACCUGGGCCGCCCACCGCCGGAGCUUAGAAUCUCCUUGAAUGAUCUUUAUAAUAAUGAUUUCAAUGACGUCUUUCGCUCCUUGCCAGCUUUCUACAACAGAAUCAAGGAAGAGAAGGGCGCCGGUUUGGGGCCAUGUUUCAUUUCCGGUUUGCCGGGUUCUUUCUACGGUAGAUUGUUUCCGAGCAAGAGCCUGCACUUUGUCUACUCUUCUUCCAGCCUUCAUUGGCUCUCUCAGGUACCUCCUGGGCUGGAUAGCAAGGCUAGCAUAGCCAUGAACAAGGGGAAGAUUUACAUAUCUAAGACCAGCCCACAAAGCGUCUUAGACUCUUACUUUCUGCAAUUCCAGAAGGAUUUUUCUCUGUUUCUAAAAUCACGUUCGGAAGAAGUUGUUCCGGGAGGACGUAUGGUGUUGUCGUUGAUGGGAAGGGAAUCCAUGGAUCCCACAACUGAAGAAAGUUGCGACCACUGGGAACUUCUUGCGCUAGCAUUGAUGAGCAUGGUCUCAGAGGGUCUAAUUCCAGAAGAAAAGGUUGAUACUUUCAACGUCCCCUACUACGCUCCAUGUGCCGAAGAAGUAAAGUUGGAGAUACAAAAAGACGGAUCAUUCAUCGUGGACCGCCUGGAAGUGUUUGAGAUUGAUGGGGACGGAGGUGGAGAUACACUAUCAAGUGGGCAGCGAGUGGCCAAGACGAUAAGGGCUGUGGCUGAGUCAAUGCUGGAAUCUCAUUUUGGAAGGGAUAUAAUGGACGAUUUAUUUUUGAGGUACGCAAAGAUCGUAGACAAUCACUUGUCAAAGACUACAACCAACUACAUAAGCUUGGUCGCUUCAAUUCUAAGGCGUUAAUUUCCGGAUGCGCGCAUGAUAUAAUCAUAACUCUUUGAUCUUGCAAGAGUUGUGUUAGAGUUCGAUGCAGAGUUUGAUUCAAUUCCGAUUACUACCAGAGUUAGAUCAGUCCUAGUUAGUUGAUAGGGUUAGCUCUAGUCCAAUGGAUUCAUAGGGUGUUUGUUGUAUAUAUAAUGUGCGAGUGAUACAUAUUGAGUUGUUUACUAA